AGUCGCGUCAAUAUGGCGGCACAGGGCGCCACCUGGAGCUCUCCAUCCGAAGAGUCUCCCACAUCGCUGUCGCCUCCAGAACGGCCGCCGCCGCCGCCCCCGCCCCCGACCUCGACCGCGGUUUCCAAGUCGCCCCUGGGGUCGAAGGCGAGCUCCCCGAGCCCGCUGCUUCGCUGCACCUGCUCCGAGGACUCGCUGCCCCUCGCCGUGUUUUAUGGGCCGCUGGACGCUAAAAACCCACUCCUGACCUCUUGCGAGAAGGAGAUCCGGGAGUUGUUAGGCUUUAUGAGGAAAAAGAAGGCUUUAGCGACCACGGACGAACAGAAACAUGAAUUCCACCGGCGCUGUGCCACUUCUUUGUUUAAUAUCUGGACCAAAUACGCCCCCAGGCUGCCAGCUGACUAUUACAAUGCAAAGCUUCUGAAGGUUGGAGAUAGCCUUUGUCAAAUGAAAGAAUACAAACUGGCCCUUUUACAGUGCUAUGGACGAUAUCUUCAGCAAUUUAGUACCAAUUUUGAUGAGAAUAAAGCAGAUGUGAAUCAAUUCAAGACUGUCUUUUUUCCAAAAGGCUUUGGAGAUAAAACUGCUGGACUUACAUUUCAUGCUUUAAAUGGCAAAAAUAUGUGUAACUACCAGCUGGUCUGUGACAGUGAUGUAAACCUGCAGAAUAAAGAAUCUGUGACCCACUGUCUGCAUAUCUUGUCCUCCUUAAGGCUCAUCAUGCAGGUGGCUCUGCCACAGGAGCACCUUUGCUGGAUUAUCUACAAUGGUACCAUAUACAUUUACACCAUUUGCAGAAAAUUAAUGAUCAUAGGUCAGUCUUCCAAGGCCUUAGAAUAUCUCCUGUGGGCCAGCAUCUGUAUGGAAUCCUCGGUCCCGCUGCUGUCCGUCAGGUACCUGACAUGGAGAGCCACUCUUUACACGGCCGUUUGCCAGUGUUACUAUGACUGCCAAGCUGGGAUUCACGGAGAGGCAUUUGCUCGGCGUGCUUUGGCUAAAAUUGAAGAGUUAAGGCAACUGGAAUUAAUGAGCUCCUCACAAUCACUGGAAGAAUCCAUAAGAUAUUAUAGAGAAGCCACAAUUAAGAUAGCGGUGAUGAUCUUCAAAAGAGGAAUAUUUGAAUCUAGAAGAAAAAGCAAAUCUUGGUUUAGACCCAAGAUAAGAGUUAACCUAAGGGAAGUACAAACUUUGCCAUGGCCACGUACCAUCACAGAGCGGCUGCUGGAUGAGAUGUUUGAUAGCACUGCAUCCCGGUUUUUGGCUGUCUUGGAAGCUCUUUCUGAUUCAAACAGGCGAAUACUGCAAACUGGACCUCUUGCUACAGAUGAAGUGGAGCUUCGUGAUGUUGUCUCAGAACUGUUUAUGGCAGGAAAAGAACUCGUAAUAAUUUCAAAUACUGGUACAAAUGGAAUGCUUGAUUUUCCAAAAACGCCUCUUCUGCAACUUAUGAUAGAAAGAAAAAAUGUUAUUUCUGUAGAUGCUGCUGUGAAAUUUAUAAAAUUAGCUUUUACUUACGAGGAAUGGAGUUUAUUUGGAUCUUUAGCUGGGCACCUUAUUUGUUUUCUCCAGAGUCAGGAUGAUCCAGAGUCAAAGAAGGCAGAGAAGGAUCUAACUCUUCUGAUUGCAAUAGAGCCACUAAUCAACGUGAAGAAAAACAAAGGUUUGAUCUUUCCUUUGGAAAACUCUAAAGAAGGACAGUCAGAUCAAAUUUAUUUAAAAAAUAGUGCUUUUCAUGAUGCUUGUGUGAAGACCUAUGGAUAUUCAGAAGAUAUUUUCCAUUUGGCAGCAACCUUGUAUGACUGUGUCUGCAAUUCUCCCCAGGAUGUUCAGCCUGAUAAAGAAAUCGUUGUGGACAUGAUAAUGUUCCUAUGGCAGAAAUGCAAAUUAGGAAUUCAGAAGAUCAAUGUAUCCAGAAAUGACUAUGCAAAAUUAGCCCAGAAAAUCAGUACUAACAAAUGGAUUUAUCUUUUGUGGCAGAUAAAUGAAGUAAUUCACUGCUAUAAGAUGGAAUACAUUGACAUUGUGGUGGUGGCAGAGGUCACGUUACGAUUAAGUGAAAUAUUGGAGUCUUUAGGAAGCCUAAGAAGAAAAUUAAAAACUUCUCUAGUUUUGCAGACUCCAACUGCUGGCAAAAAUAUUUCUACAAAAGGUCCAGAAAAGUUAAAACAAUCUGGAAGCAUUGAUUGUUUCACAGAAUUAAGUAUAAUGAAUAAGAUAAAGAAGAAUAAACUAUCUAAAGCGAUUUACUUAAUGCAGAAAGCUUUUUUAAUAUUUGAGAAAGAUGCAACCUCCACAUCUUCAUGGAACUUUUUGUUGGAAGCAUAUUCUUUAAUUGAGAAAACUGAAGCAGAACAGAAUGCCCUAUAUUCAUAUCAGAAAUUUUUGGAAGGUUCAAAAAGAAAAAAAAGCAGAAUCCCUCCUCCUCCUAUCCUGCUAUCCCGAACUCAUUGUUCUGUGACACUCAAACCUGCUCCGUUUAUUUCAGAUGUUCAGAUACCAGCUGAUGGUAAAAGCAUUUUCGAAGUGAAAGGUUUAGAAACCAAUGAAAAAUACAUAUUUGCAAUUGCUGCUUAUUCUUCUAAUGGGAAGCUCAUUGGUGGUGCUAUUGGGGAGACAACUAAGCCAAUUCUCGUUUAUCCACCUCUUUCUGCUGUUACAGCUCGGAUGUUCCUGACGCAGGUUGCCUACCAGAUUGGUAACUAUGAGUUGGCUAAGAAAGUUUUCUCACCAGUUUGGGAUUAUUUUGUUGCUUCACCACUUCAGGAUGAACAAGCUGUUAUUUGUUUAAGUAACAUUAUGACUAUUACGCAGAGAAGGAGUAGAAGCAGGAGAAGGAACCAAGGAAGAGUAUUGAAAAGGAGCUAUCCAGGAAAUGAAAUUCCAGGGAAGUGCAUUGCCAAGGGAGUGAGAGUAUCACCAGGGCGAGACUGGCCGAUUGCUAGACUGAUUGAGUGUGAGAGAGUAUUAGUGGCAUUGGAACUUAGCAACUUCCUAAAUGAUUCCGGUUAUGCCCUUCAAGCUGUGACUCAAUGUUAUGGCCUCCUUGCUCCUAUAAUCUAUCACAAUAUUGCUUUGGUACCUGUUGUACAGGCUCCAGACACACUCAAGGGGAAGGGAUUAUACAGGAGUUGUAAACCAGGGGUAGGAGUCUUAAGACCUAUCAUCAUCAUCAUCACCAUCAUUGUCAUCGUUGUCAUCGUCGUCAUCAUCAUCAUCAUCAUUGAUGCAGUUUUUGAGAACCAGGGAGAUAUUCUGCGUUCAUGGAAGGAAUAUGACCUGGCAGUAAUAAUUAUAAAUUAUGGAAAAAAGAUGCUGGACAUCGCACCAGGGUGCAAGUCUCUAUUUGGUAGUAAUGGAGAAGAAGAAAUGCCAGAGGAGGAGUCGGGAAUCAUUAGGGCCACUCAAGUUCGCUUUAAGCCCAGGGGCUUGGAAGUUUGGAGAACAGGUCAUUUGACCAAUGUUACAACUGAACUCUCAGGAGCAGAGGACCCUAUAUUUCUUUACCCUAUAGUUUUAAAUUGGUCGGUCAAAGGUGCCAUGAAGGAAGUUAUGAAGUUUAAGCAGCAACCUAGAUUCCUGGAAUUUUUUACACAAGUUAUGCUAAAAUGUAUGAAUGAUGAAAGGUUUCAACUUAUGGUGGAGAUAACAGCUCCUGUCAGUGACUUCUUGAAAAG